AUGGUGUAUGCUGUCCGAACUUUAGGACGUACUUAUGGCGAGGUCCUAAAUUUAGGAGAGCUUCCAGAAACAGACUUAAGACUAAGACCUUUAUUUCUGGUUGUGCAUAUUAUUCACAACGAAGCUACCGUCUUCAAUGAUGUUUUUGCUGUUCGAACAAAUGAUUAUCCGAAAUCUACGUGUCACAGAAUGUCUAAUAUAAGAAGUAAGGGCCAAUGUCUAGGAACAUGCAUAAUCUCGGUGGAUAGAAUCGUCAUGAUCAGCCAUGACGAAUCUACAAAUACCUGUAUGUGUUGCAAUGACAUCACAGGAAGUGACAUAACUGGUCCAAAUUGGAAAUCUUAUGUCACAUUGCCAGCGCCCUGCGCUGAAGGUUAUGUGACUUACAGGUUGAUAUCAUACGAAAUAUGUAUGAAGUAUUUCCCAGUGCCUGCCUCUUAUUCAACAGCCCAGGCGAACUGUCAAGCUGAAGGCGCCGAUCUCAUAAAGAUUGAUUCCCAGGAAAAGUACGACAUAUUCAAGGAUUAUCAUGUUCCAAUCGCCAACAAUGCAUCCCUCCAAGUCUGGGUUCAAGGGGAAAAGGUUGGAGGUCAGUGGCAGUUUGAUGACGGAACUCUAAUACCUGGUUUCUGUCCAAUCGAAAUGAGUAAUAAUCCGGGGGAAGUGCAUUUCCGGGCUCGUGGUUCUACAUCGUUUAAUUGUACUGAUGCUCUUAACAACGAUGAAUUUCAUUAUUCGUGCGAAUACCGUCGUCUGUUUUACUUCAAUAAUUGA